GAAACCCGGGCUGCCUGCAGGGGCAGCGCCACCCCCUGCGUGGGACUCGGGCGCCCGGUGCACCCCCAACCUGGUAGUCCCCGGAGGCAGCCAGAGCUGGGAUGGAGCUGCCUGUGCGCCGCCGGGAGCCCCCGUACUCGCCGGUGGACAGCUGUUCCCUGAGCUCGCUCGAGUCCAGCGUCUUCUGCAGCGAGGGCGAAGGGGAGCCCCUGGCGCUCGGGGACAGCUUCACCGUCAACGUGGGCGGCAGCCGCUUUGUGCUGUCGCAGCAGGCGCUGUCCUGCUUCCCGCACACGCGCCUGGGCAAGCUGGCCGUCGUGGUGGCCUCCUAUCGCCGCCCAGGGGCCCUGACCGCCGUGCCCAGCCCCCUGGACUUCUGCGACGACGCCAACCCGGUGGACAAUGAGUACUUCUUCGACCGCAGCUCGCAGGCGUUUCGCUAUGUCCUGCACUACUACCGCACCGGCCGCCUGCACGUCAUGGAGCAGCUGUGCGCCAUCUCCUUCCUCCAGGAGAUCCAGUACUGGGGCAUUGACGAGCUCAGCAUCGACUCCUGCUGCAGGGACAGAUACUUUAGAAGGAAGGAGCUGAGUGAAACUUUAGACUUUAAGAAGGACACAGAAGACCAGGAGAGUCAGCAUGAGAGUGAACAGGAUUUCUCACAGGGACCCUGCCCUACUGCCCGCCAGAAGCUCUGGAACAUCCUGGAGAAACCUGGCUCGUCCACAGCUGCCCGCAUCUUUGGGGUCAUCUCCAUCAUCUUUGUAGUGGUGUCCAUCAUUAACAUGGCCCUGAUGUCCUCAGAGCUCAGCUGGCUGGACCUGCAGUUACUGGAAAUCCUGGAGUACGUGUGCAUCAGCUGGUUCACCGGGGAGUUUGUCCUGCGCUUCCUGUGCGUGAGGGACAGGUGCCGCUUCCUGAGGAAAGUGCCCAACAUCAUAGACCUCCUUGCCAUCCUGCCCUUCUACAUCACCCUCCUGGUGGAGAGCCUGAGCGGGAGUCAGACCACCCAGGAGCUGGAGAACGUGGGGCGCAUCGUCCAGGUGCUGCGGCUGCUCCGGGCACUGCGCAUGCUCAAGCUUGGCCGCCACUCCACAGGUUUACGCUCCCUUGGAAUGACAAUCACCCAGUGCUACGAAGAGGUCGGCCUGCUGCUCCUGUUCCUGUCUGUGGGAAUUUCCAUAUUUUCAACUGUGGAGUAUUUUGCCGAGCAAAGCAUUCCCGACACAACCUUUACAAGUGUCCCUUGUGCAUGGUGGUGGGCUACAACAUCCAUGACUACCGUGGGGUAUGGAGACAUUAGACCGGACACCACCACAGGCAAAAUCGUGGCCUUUAUGUGUAUAUUAUCCGGAAUCCUUGUCUUGGCCUUGCCCAUUGCUAUUAUCAAUGACCGCUUCUCUGCUUGCUACUUUACCUUGAAACUGAGGGAAGCGGCUGCGAGGCAGCGUGAAGCUCUAAAGAAGCUUACCAAGAACAUAGCCACUGACUCCUACAUCAGUGUUAACUUGAGAGAUGUCUAUGCUCGGAGUAUCAUGGAGAUGCUCCGACUAAAAGGGCGAGAGCGAGCAAGUACGAGGAGCAGUGCAGGAGACGAUUUCUGGUUUUGA